GCUAGAGUCCUGUGGGAGAGGAGGCCGUGGGAACCUGCUAGGAAAAAGGGCUUCUAAGCAGAACAUGCUCUGGGAGGCAGUGCUCUGCUGAAAGAGCAGCGAACUCGGCAGGGCUUGGCAGUAGGGGUGAAAAGCCCGGGACUCCGGGGAGUGAUCAAGUGUGAGAGGGACUGCUGAGAAAGCAGACUGGGAGCCAGUGCUCCAUAGCCAAGCAAAGAAAGGCCGGAGCUGGCAAGGCAGGCAGAUGAGGAGCCCAAGAGGAGACAAAUCUUCUGUUUGUUGUGGCUCUUAACUGGACAGUUGCUCCCUGGGACGGGGAUAUAUUUGCUCAGUGAUGAGGCUGGAGUGUCCAGCUACAUUUCCUGACAUUGACCUUGUGGGGGAGGAGGUGGGGACCCACCCUCAAAGAAACUGAGAACAAUCUCCUCCUCCUGAUCUCAUCAACUACCUCUGAGAAUAGAUGGAUUUCCUGUGAUGUUUGGGCACCAGGCCAGAUGAAAUGGUUCUGUGUCUUGCUGGCUUGACUGUUGUCAUGAGAUUUUCCUCCCCGUCCCCAUUGGUUUCUGUUUAUCCCCCUUCAGAUGUCCCAGAAGGUCAAACACAGCUGUCUGGACAGGUUUUGCAGCAGCUGUGAUGAGCAAGGAUGGAAGGCAUCCGCGUAAUCUUUCUGGAUAGCUGGGUCCCUCAAACCGCUCGUGAUCAGUAGGGCAGGUGUGCAACGGACCACAAUAUCGACAACACGACCGAGAUCCUGUGGGAAUGGCUUACGGCCAUGGAGAAACACUAUCGCUACAUUGAGUGGAAGUCAGUGGAGGAGCCCAGCUCAUACCCCGAUGAACUUGGCCCCAAGCACUGGACAGACGAACGCUAUGAACAUGUCAUGAAGCUCAAGCAGCAAGCUCUGAGCUUUGCCCGGGCCGAGGGGGCUGAUUAUCUCCUGCUCACCGAUACAGACAGCAUCCUGACCAACAAUCAGACCCUGACGUUCCUGAUCUCGCAGAACAAGUCGGUGAUCGCCCCCAUGCUGGACUCCCAGACAUAUUACUCCAACUUCUGGUGUGGGAUAACCCCUCAGGGUUACUACCGCAGGACGGCAGACUAUUUCCCCACCAAGAACCGCCAGCGCAUGGGCUGCUUCGCCGUCCCCAUGGUGUACGCCACCUUCCUGCUUGACCUGCGAAGAGAGGGGACCUCCGAGCUCGCCUUCCACCCGCCCCACCCCAACUACACCUGGCCCUUUGAUGACAUCAUCGUCUUUGCCUACUCCUGCCAAGCCGUGGGAGUCCAGAUCUACGUGUGUAACCAGGAGCGGUUUGGUUACAUCAAUGUCCCGGUGAAGUCCCAUCAGACGCUAGAGGACGAACACAUCAACUUUGUGCACCUCAUCCUGGAAGCCCUGGUGGACGGCCCCCCGAUGUACCCCUCUGAGCACGUUUCCCUCAGCCCCAAGCACCUCGGUAAAAUGGGCUUUGAUGAGAUUUUCCUGAUUAACCUGGUGCGGAGGCCAGACCGGCGCCAGCGGAUGCUGAGUUCUCUGUAUGAGCUGGAGAUAGACCCCCUGGUGGUGGAUGCGGUGGACGGGAGUGCCCUGAACAGCAGUGACAUUAAGAUCCUGGGUGUGGAUCUGCUCCCAGGAUACUAUGACCCAUUCUCUGGCAGGACGCUCACCAAGGGGGAGGUUGGUUGCUUCCUCAGCCAUUAUUACAUCUGGAAAGAGAUCGUGGCACGGGGGCUGGAGAAGUCGGUGGUGUUUGAGGAUGACGUGCGCUUCGAGGCCUAUUUCAAGGUGCGGCUGACGCGGCUGAUGGAGGAGCUGGAGUGGGCACAGCUGGACUGGGACCUGAUCUACCUGGGCAGGAAGCAGGUGAACUCGGAGGACGAGGAGCCGGUGGAGGACGUGCGGAACCUGGUGGUGGCUGAAUAUUCCUACUGGACCCUGGCCUACAUCAUCUCCCAGCACGGGGCCCAGAAGCUGAUCGCGGCCGAACCCCUGUCCAAAAUGCUGCCGGUGGAUGAAUUCCUGCCCAUCAUGUAUGACAAGCACCCAAACGAGGAUUACAAGCAGCAUUUUGCUAACCGGGACCUGCUGGUGUAUUCGGUGCACCCCCUGCUGGUUUACCCCACUCACUACACUGGGGACUCCAAGUGGCUCAGCGACACGGAGACGUCCACCAUCUGGGAUGACGACUCCAAGAAGACGGACUGGAGCGGCUCUCAGAAAACACUGAAGGGUUCCCGAAGCAACGCCGGCCAUUCCUUCCGCUCGACCUCCCGGGAUGAGCUCUAGCAUCGGGCUGGGGUGCUUCCCAUUCCUCAAGUGUGACAAAGGAGGAACACCGUGGGCUGCUCUGCCCGCCUGCAGAUUUGACUGGUUCCUGGCUGAGAGAUGCAGCUGUGUUUGCUUGACCAAAGGGGGGUGUUUAACCUGGGCCCGUAAUCUUCGCUCACUGAAAUAGACCGUAUGCAGGGGUUGCACCAAGGACCAUGCUUGACUAUCUGGACACCUCUGCUAGGUGGUGGAGCUUUUGGUCUAGUCCUUUGCAACCUACUACUUCUCCUUCCCCAUCUCUGGUGGUGCCUCUCCCUGAAAGGACAGAAGCGUUUGGAAAUGUACAAGGCUCGGUAACCUUCCAGAGAGUUUCUUGCUCAGUAUUUUCAGGCUGAGCUUAUUCCUGCAGGGAUGCAGGAGCCCACUCAGCUGAGAUCUGCCAGGCCAUAGGGCCCAGGGUGUGUGUUGAUUCUUUUGUAAUACUUGUUUGGAUUAUUUGAUCAGCUCAUCCUUCUAAUCCAAUGGAAUCAAAAUUCUUUCUCUUCUCCACCCAAAGUUGGAGCCGAUGACCACCCUGUGUGCCUUGGUGAAAAGGGGAUGGGAUCUAGACAUGAGGUGACGGGUGCCUAAGAAAUACCCCAGACAGACUUCCAGAGCUGUAGGGGGAGAAUCCAGUACAGGGCAGAAGUAAUGCAAAAAUCCCCCCCAGCUGCCUGCAGAUUAGGGUUCUCUCUGCAUUAUGCCAGGCUGUCUGCUGGGUUUUCCCUCCCAUGUAGUAUGGUUUAACUGAAAUAAGCAAGCCAGCAGGAGGAUUAAACUGAACUCUAUUUAAGACAACUCACCCAUAUUUUGUCACCAUCUUCUUGUUCUCUAUAGCCCCCUCUAGUGUUCUCGAGUAUGUGUUGCAUUUGUUCGCUCCUGCUCUGGGCCACUAGCAUGUGUACAAUAGUCUGCAAUGCCCAGAUCACCUCCUUUCCUCCAUGUGCAAUGCACUGACAGUGCCCAGAGAUCACCUCUGAAUGCCACCUGGGAAGGGGAAUAAGUGGGAGCACCCUCUGCGGGGUGGACUCAGUGUGGGAUCCAGGAUCUAUGAGAUACGGUCUGGGAUGUCACUGUGUGAGAAACCUGUAGCACCACACAACACUAAAGCUCAAGAUUUGAGUGGAAGAGCACCCUGGGUGCGGGCUCUCUGUGUCUGGAGGGAGGGCGCUGCCUGCCUUCCGCUCUGUGAAUCUACCCCGUGUGUUGGAGCUUCCAUCGCUGAUUAUUGCUAGAAAAUGAAGCCUGGCUUUGUGUCUCAAACAGGCGACUGAAAGGCAGGCACUGCCUAGCUCUGCGACUGGCCAGGUGACCUUGGGCAGAUCAUUCACAGGACAUGAGCACAAACAGCACAAAUAAAUGAAUGGAAGCCAAAGAAGUCCGAUUACCACUGAUCACACACACUUCCAAUCCAUAAUGACAACUGAUUACUAGGGUAGGAGUCCUUGGUGCUAUCAAUGCAACACAUGUGACAGGUGUUGCCAUUAGUGAUGAAGUUUGAAAUGAAGCUGUGCUACAAACCACGGUUCUUCAAAGAGGGGGACAUGAGCAAACCACUGCAGUGUGGUCAGGAUAUAGCCUCUCUGUGGAGCUCCAAGGACAGACAUUUCACUAUAAGAGGUUUUUAACACUGGCUGCAAUAAGAUUGGGCCUUACGUGCCAUGUGACUGCUACAGUGACCACUACGGAAAGGAUAGUUCAGGCCAGUACCUGUCAAGGAAUCUAAAGACUCUGGAGUGACCAGUUUGCCACAGGGCAAGUAUGGAGAUUUCACACUAAGCCUCCUUCCAUUGCUUGGUGAAUUAGAGGCUGCUUAGAAGUUUCUUCCCCACUUCUGUGGAGGAAGAGACAUGAAGGUGCGUGUUGACUGUUCCCCAUGAAUGUGUAUAAAUCUAGGCUAAGAAAAAUAUUAAGUCUUACCAGAGCACAGGAGGAAUGUUUAAGAUUAAAUUCUUCCUUAGUCCUCCUCAAUGCCUGCAAGCAUGAAUCUGAUGUUGAGAAAUAAAGAUUCUACAUAAGA